AUGGCGUCGUGUUCGCUGUUCUUGGGCCGUUUGGUGUUCUUUCUUCUCCUACUCAUCCAAGGCGGAUAUUUGGUCGCUUAUUCCUUAGAUUAUGACGAGGUUGCAUUCUGGGUACCGAUAGUACAAGGUGUUUUAUUUGCUAUUACUGCGCUCGUGUGGCUUGUUCUCAUCUGUACCAAGCCGAAACUUCGUUGGUUGUUUUAUGUCUGGCUUUCAUACGUUAUUACCCUCUUGGUAAACAUUUGGAUCAUAUUUGGAACUAUCGGAGACAAACUUGACAGCAGAAAAUUCCUCGGCCCUAAUAUUCUAAAGGGAGUUCUGUGUGUCACACCUCCUCUCUUAUUGUUACACAAUGCCGACGAUUUAGAUCGCUCUAAUGCGCGCAAACAUCUAGUGUCUAAGCUUUCCUUCCAAAUGGUCGUCAAUCUCUUCGAUUUUGUGGAUAUGAUAGCUAUCGUCUUGGAAGACAAACGACACGGGAGCACGAGUUACUCGAAUGCAAAUAUUAUAACAAACGAAACCCAACCGACAAUUGCAACGUCAAGCCUCACCACAAUUCCUGAAAGUUUCGGAAUGGUCAUGGUUGCAGUAGCAUCUCUCAGCCUACUAAUUUCACUUUGGCAACUGUUUGAGAACAAGCUAUCAAGAGAUUACACAAAGAUUCACUUUCGAACGACAGUUCUCCGCAAUUUGGUAGAGAUGGUUUUUGUUAAUUUAUUUUGCUUGAUCAUCCGCCUAGUGGUGUACGUUAAGUACCAAAAAGAUGAAUCUAUCUUCAUUACCAAGAAUAUCAUAUCAAUAGUUUGGUCCAUUUUGGACACUAAGGCACAUUGUGAAUCACAUUCAGUUAAAUUUUGGUCUGUGUUAUGUAAGAGCUGUUUCGGCCUGAGAAAGAUCUAA